AUGCCGUUGCUGAGUGCUCUCAAGUCGGAUUCAUCUGGCAAUGAAGACAGCACCGCCAACCUUCUUAGAACCAACGUCAACCCCUUCCACUCCGUACACGACUGCAAAGAUGCGUUGAGCAGAGCUUUUGACACUUUUGGUGAUUGUAAAGUACUUUUGAUUGGUGACGCCUCACAUGGUACCUCAGAGUUUUACGCCGUGCGCGCCGAAAUCACCAAGCACAUGAUCUUGCAUCAUGAAUUUAAUAUUGUUGCCGUCGAGGCAGACUGGCCAGACGCUGAAAGUGUCGACAGAUACGUGAGACGAAGGCAGGGUCCUGGACCGGUAGGUGACGUCGAACCAGCCUCAGAGUCAAGACGAAAGGGACGAGAACCUGCCUUUAUGAGAUUCCCCACGUGGAUGUGGCGAAACCAAGAGGUGCAGCAGUUUGUCGAGUGGCUACGAGACUUUAAUGACGGUCGAGAUGUACAUGACGCUGUCAGCUUCAAUGGUCUCGAUCUAUACUCGUUGGGGACGUCCAUGGCAGCCAUUAUUGAAUAUCUUGAUCACAUUGAUCCUCAGAUGGCCGAAAUUGCUCGCGAGAGAUAUGGCCAAUUAAUGCUAUGGGCCGAGGACCCACAUGAGUACGGAUAUGAAAUUGCAAUGAAAAAGUUUCAAGGUUAUGAGAGGGAAGUCGUUCAGAUGCUUCGAGAUUUACUAGCCAGAAGAGUGGAGUACUCGGAUGCGACCUGGAACGGAGAAGAGUUCCACGGUUCGGAGCAAAAUGCACAACUUGUUGUAGAUGCCGAGCACUACUACAAGUCCAUGUACUAUGGACGCGACGAAACCUGGAAUCUGCGUGAUACUCACAUGUUUCGGACCCUCAGCCGUCUCUUGAAACAUCGAGGGCCCAAAUCGAAAGCUGUUGUUUGGGCUCAUAACUCGCACAUUGGCGAUGCCAGAGCGACGAGUAUGGGAUGGGCCGAGGGAGAACUCAGUAUUGGCCAGCUUUGUAAGGAAGCGUUCGGCAAACAAGCGCUCAGUAUUGGCUGUGGCACAAAUACUGGCACAGUAGCAGCUGCAAAUCAAUGGGAUGGUGAUAUGCAGGUUAAAAACAUGAAGCCUGGCCUGCCUGGUAGCGUUGAGGAGCUUAUGCAUGACACUGGCAUCAGUAACUUUGCCCUGGAUUUACGACAGGAUUUCUGCAGUGAAAUGCUGCGCCAGAAGCUUCGAAGACGCCGUCUCGAAAGAUUCAUAGGGGUUAUAUACAGACCUGAGACCGAGCGUCAGUCACAUUACUCAACGGUAAUACUCCCAGACCAGUUUGAUGGAUUCCUAUGGUUUGACAAGACGCGACACGUCGGAUCUCUAGAAGUUCAUCAGCCUCAAACCAAGUUGGAAUUUGGAGAGACUUGGCCGUUUGGGUUGUAG